AUGUCUCUAAUCAAAUCUAUAUCGACAUUAUUAACGACUUCCGAUAGUAUUGAUAUUAAUCAAUUAGAUCCAAGUGUACAAAUUGAAGUCAACAAGAUCUAUGAAUAUAUACAGGACCAGUUAUUUUUCGAUCCAAAUCUCAAUUAUGAACAAUUAAUGUUUUUAUUAAAUGAACGAGAUACGAUUGAACGUAAAUUUAUUGAAUUUCUAAUCGAUCGUAUAUAUGAUUUAAACAUUGAUCCACAUAUUAGAGAUCGUAUUUUAUUUAAUAUUAAUCAAUUUAGUUCAAAUCUCAUACGCAUUCAUCAGUAUUCAAAUUAUAUUAAAAUGAAAAUGUCGAUUGUACGAGUACAACAACAACAAAAAGUAAGAAGAAAAAAAUUAAAUAGAUUAAAUAAUAACAAUCAAGAAAAUAAAACAUCUGAUCAAUAUAAUAAUUCAAAAUCUGAAUUCUCAUCAUCAAUAUCAGAAAAUUAUUUUCCAACAGAUGAUGAGAAUAAUGAUGAUAAUAAUGAAGAAAAUGAAUCAUUUGAUCCAGCUUGGUAUCCACCGUAA